AUGUCUUCUACUAAUAACAGUGCACCUGAGAUCAUGAUUUUCAGACCAACAUGGGACGAAUUUAAAAACUUUAGUAGCUACAUCGAGGUGAUGGAGUCCCAAGGGGCUCACAAGGCUGGUGUGGCAAAAGUUAUACCACCACCAGAAUGGAUACCAAGAAAAAAGAAUUAUGAUGAAGAUGAUAUUAUGAGUAUGAUAAUUCCCUCUCCAAUUCGUCAAGCUGUAGAACGUACAAAAGGCAUUUUUGAACUAAUUAAUGUUUAUGAGAAAGCCAUGACAGUAGCUGAAUUCAGAAUAAAAGCUGAGUCUGAGAAAUAUAAGACACCUAGCCACCUUAAUUAUGGGGAUCUUGAAAGAAACUUUUGGAAAAAUGUUAUUAACAAUUCCCCAUUGUAUGGUGCAGAUGUAUCUGGAUCUAUAACUGAUGAAGAUGUUGAUGUUUGGAAUAUUAACAAAUUGGGAACCAUAUUGGAUUAUGUAAACGAAGAUUAUGGUUUAACUAUUGAAGGUGUUAAUACAGCUUAUCUUUACUUUGGAAUGUGGAAAACCUCAUUUCCUUGGCACACCGAAGACAUGGACUUGUAUAGUAUAAACUAUAUACACUAUGGAUAUCCAAAGACAUGGUAUGCAGUACCUCCAGAACAUGGUCACCGCCUAGAAAAAGUGGCUAAUGAAAUGUAUCCAGGCUAUGCUUCAAUAUGCCCGGCAUUUCUUCGACACAAAAUAGCUGUAAUAUCUCCUACUCAGUUAAAAAAAAAAUGUAUCCCAUUUAAUAAGAUCACACAAGAGCAAGGUGAGUUUAUGAUAACAUUCCCAUUUGGCUAUCACGCGGGCUACAACCAUGGGUUCAACAUUGCAGAAUCUACUAAUUUUGCUACACCUCGUUGGGUAGAAUAUGGUAAAAGAGCUUCACAGUGUCAUUGCCGUCCAGAUUCGGUAAAGUUCAGUAUGGAUACAUUUGUGAAGAGAUUUGAACCUGAAAAGUAUGAGUUGUGGCUUAAAGGAAAUGAUAUCGGUGCCCAUCCAGAAGACCCUUCUUGUACCUACUUCAGAUGGGCACACACCUAG